AUGUUAAGCUCACACUAUAGCAUUCCACCCGGUGCGUUGGUUCUCGUGACCGGCGCAAACGGCUACAUCGCCUCUCAUGUUAUCAAUCUGCUACUCUUUAGUGGUUACAAAGUGAGAGGCACUAUCCGUGAGCCAAAGCCAUGGCUGGAUGACUUCUUUAACGCCAAGCACGGGCAAGACAAGUACGAGUCAGUUGUGAUACCAAAGCUAGAAGAUGACGGCGCAUUGAAUAAUUGCAUGGAAGGUAUCUGUGGGGUGCUGCAUGUGGCAUCGGAUAUGUCUUACAAUCCUGAUCCCAAUGUCGUCAUUCCAAAUGUAGUGGCCGCUACAUUGAACGUCUUGGCGGCGGCUGCGAGAGCUCCCUCCGUAAAACGAGUGGUACUAACAUCAUCUGUCUUGGCUGCCUUGGAUGGGAACGACGAUGAAAUGGUCGCUGAUGCAGCCUGGAACCCAAGCACUCCGGACACCUUGAAGCCACCAGUGGUAUAUGCUGCGUCGAAAGUACACGGGGAGCAGGCUGCGUGGAGGUGGAUAGAAGAGAACCAGCCUCAUUUUGGGUUCAACACCGUCCUUCCCAAUAUGAAUUUUGGGAGACUUUUUAUGCCAGAAAAGCAACGGUCAUCGAUGGGCUUCACGCGCAGCCUUUUGCGAGGUGACGAUUUAGUGAUGAACAUAAUUCCGCCUCAGUGGUACGUGGAUGUAGAAGACACUGCGCGACUGCAUGCAAUUGCUCUCCUGCAUCCCCAAGUGAUAUCGGAACGUCUCUUUGCAUGUGCAGCUCCUUUCACAUGGGACCAAGUCCUCCAGACUAUGCGCCACCUUCAGCCGCAGAACAGGUUGAUCCCAGAUAAAGCCCCCGCGAGUACCAAGAGGGAUAUUCGAGUGUUGCCUUCACAGCGGGCAGAGAGUCUAUUGAAAGAAUUCUAUGGAAAGCCAGGGUGGACCACGCUUGAGGAGUCCCUUACGGCCGGAAUUGUUGACACAGACUAG